AAAUAUCGCGGUUGUUUUCAAAAUCUAACGACGAAGUGGUCAAUCAAAACACCGAGAUUUGUCACUUUACAAGAUAUAAGGCUUUGUGUAAACUUAGACAUAGACUACAUGAAGUGAAAGGAAGAUGGCUCCAAAGCGCCAGUACACCAUGAAGGAGGUCUUUGAAGAAUGUCAGCAAGGUCUUCAUACACACAACAAGCUGAUGACAGCACUGCAGAAGAACUACAAGCAGACCGAAGAUAAAGCAGCAUUCAAUGAUGAAUUUGUUGGAUACCUCAAGUAUUCCAUGGUCAUCUUCAAGAGGGAAUCCGCAGUUGAACGAACUUUGGACUUUGUUGCAAAGUUUGCUGCGUCAUUUGCCGUCAAUGACGAGGAAGGAAAGGAGAACCAACCGGAUGCUGACAACACUUUCCUCACUUUCCUCUUUGAUUUUCUCUUGAAGUCUCACAACGGGCGUGACCGUGCAGUGCGAUUCCGCGCCUGCCAGAUGAUUAACAAGCUCCUCACCAGCCUUGGCGAGGAGGCUCAGAUCGAUGAUGACCUCUACGAUCGCAUCUAUCGCUGUAUGCUGGCCAGGGUUCAGGACAAGUUCCCUGCGGUGCGAGUCCAGGCUGUCAUGGCGCUGGCUCGUCUGCAGGAUCCCGAGGAUCCGGACUGUCCAGUCAUCAAGGCAUACCUCUACCUGAUGGAGAAGGAUGUGAACUUUGAGGUGAGGAGGACAGUCCUGUCCUGCAUUGCUCCUGCCUCCCAGACCCUACCAGCCAUCCUGGAACGCACCAGGGACGUCAAAGACACUGUCCGCAAGAUGGCCUACCAGGUUCUUGCAGAGAAGGUUCAUAUCAGGGCCCUUACCAUCUCGCAGAGGAUCAAAGUGUUACAGACUGGACUCACUGAUCAUUUAGACAUGGUGAAGGACAUCUGCACUGGCAAGAUGCUUCAAAGUUGGCUGAGAACCUUUGAUGGUAACGCCAUCGACCUCCUCAAGCGGUUGGACGUCGAGAACUCGUGCACCACGGCUGAGCUUGCCCUGAAGGCUAUAUUUGAGAAGGUUCCCGCCUCAGGAUUGGUGGAAGACUUUGAUCUCCUCAAUGAAGAUCUUGUAAUACCGAUUGAGGAGCUGUCUUGUGAGAACGUACUGUACUGGUGCUGUCUCGUUGAACAUGUCCGGUCCAAGGGAGACGAAGCCCUGAUGGACAAGCUCAUGCCAACAGCCUCGGCCUUCUGCGACUAUGUCCACAAGAAUUGUGACAAUCUGGAGAUCAGCUGCCAUAACGUGACAGCCGUAGAGCAUACCCUCAGCAAAGAGUUUGUCUCUGAGCAUCUCCUCAAGAUGACGGGAAGUCUGGAUCAGUCGGAUGAAGUUGGACGAAAAAAGCUUGACAGUCUGGUCCAAGACCUCCUGAUCGCCCCCCACGUGCCCCCCUCUCUCGUAGCAAUCCUCAUCACCCGUCUCAAAGACUUCCACAGCGAGGAUGAGGAGCGCAUCGAGCUGAUGGCUCAGAUCAUCUCAGAUAUCAGGGUGCCGAUCACUACGGUGGAGAAGCCCAUAGCCCCGGAGGCCAUUCGUCAGAGAGAACUGAAGCUUGCUAGCAUUCGAAUGGACCUUACCCAGGCAAGGGAUGCCCUGGAAGACACUGUUGCCAACCAAGACUUCACCCAGGCUGCCGAGAUGAAGAGGAGGGUGGAGGAGCUGGAGUGCACCAAGAACUCUCUUCUUGAGGAGUCCCUGGUUAUGAACACUACCCAAGAGAUACGCACAGAGAAGAGUGAUCCAGAAACCUUGCUGAAGUGCCUGACGAUCGCAGCAGAACUCAUGCAACACUUGGCCAUGAAAGAGCUCAACCCAACACUACAAACUCUUUUCACUGUCCUGGUUCUGCCCGGUAUCACCAACGAGGAUCCGUCUGUUCGUAACAUGGCAGUCAAGUGUCUUGGUCUUGGUGCUCAGAUCAGCAGGGUCUUUGCCAUGCAACAGCUUCUCCUCCUCAUGCAGAUAUCACAAGUGGACCAGGAAACUGUCCAGGUAACUGCUCUCCAAGCAAUCUGUGACACCGCCCAGACCUACGGCCUGGACAUCUUCAAGCUGCCAGAGACAAGCUCUGAGAAGCCUGGUGAGGAUGGAGAAAAGGAAGGGGAGAAAGAGAAGGAGGAUGAAGAAGAAGAAGAAGCUAAAGAAAAGGAGCAGUCUGCCCAGAGUGCAGCAAAUAGCGCCCUCUCAAUUCUCACCAAAUUGCUGGAUUCCGAGAGCAAUGAGUUGCGCACCGUGUCUGCGGAGGGUCUGGCCAAGCUUCUUCUCUCUGGUCGCAUCACAAGCCCCAAGCUACUGUCCCGUCUCCUUCUCCUGUGGUACAACCCUACCAGCGAGGAGGACCAGCAUCUCAGGUCCUGCCUGGGAGCUUUCUUCCCUGUCUACUCCUUUGCUGGAAGGGUCCACCAAGAGUGUUGGGAGGAGGCUUUCCUGCCGACCCUGAGGACGCUCUUCAAUGCUCCGACCACCUCCCCUAUGGCCAAGGUCAACCCUGGUAACGUGGCUGAAUUCAUGGUCCAUCUCACAGACCACACCAUGCUCAACAACAAGCAAACCGCAGAUAUACAGGAGACGACUGUCCAUGACAACCUGGCCCUGAAGCUCUGCAACGCCAUCCUGGAGGACCCCACAGCUCCGGGCACCCGUGUCUUGGCAAAGACCCUCUCUAUGCUCACCAUCAAUGCACACAACCAGACCCAUCUAGCCGACAUCAAGGUUCUGGCUGAUCUCCUCGUACAGCAUGUGGAAGAGAAAGUCGCCCUGCGCCAGGUUGAGAAGUUCUCCGACAGCAUCGAUGCCUUGCUGGGUGUGGAGGAGAAUCAGGAUGAGGGAGGAAAGACAGAGGAUGGAACAGCCGCUGAAGGGGCAGACAUGUUGGACAAGGAAAAUGAGACUGGAGAGAAGGCAGAUGAAACGAUGGCUGAAGCAGCAUGUAAUAUCACAGCAGCUCAGGAGCUGUCUGAAGAUUGCAAGAAGGAACUUGCUGCAGGAGAGACGACUGGCAAGAAGACUAGAGCAAGAGGCAAAUCUACGAAGACCCCCGCUCAGAAGAAGCCAACCAAGACCCCCAGCACUCGAGGCAGAAGGAAGGCUGCUGUCAAGGAGGAAAAUACAAGUGACCAUGAGAAUGAGAGUGACCUGGUGAAGUCAAAGGUGAAGGGUCGUGUCAAGACCAUGUCCAAGCUUGCUGAGCUGGUGAUGUCUAGUGAUGAUAGUGAUGCCGAGUUCCAGAGCAGAGCAAGACAUACCAAGAGGGAUCAAGUUCUGAAAGUUCUCAACUUUGCUGAUGAUGACAGUUGUUAGACCAUCAUUAAUGUUCAGACUUCUAUAUACAUCAAAUGUCACACCAGCAAACAACCUAAAGGGCAAUCCAACCUUUGUAAUAAUUUAAUUUGUAUGAAAGUGGAAUCGUAAGAGAAACAGCAUGGUGAACAUUUGAAAUAAAUCGGACCAAUAAUAAGAAAGUUUUGAGUGUUUGAAAUUCUGGGGCCGUAUUCUGAACCCUGUGUUAUCUCUAAUAUUGUUGUAUCUUUGGAGAUAAGAUAAAGUUGGUAUUCUGAACAUUGUUGUAACUUUUGUGUUAUCUUUUGUUGUAUCUUUUCUCUCAUCUCUUUGGCCGCGCCUGCGCUCAUACUUUGGUGCGCUUGUAAUUGUGCGUAUUAUUAAUAAAAUCCUCAUUUGCAUGUGCGCACAAGAGAUAAUAUGUCGAGAUAAAUGGAAUUCUGAAAGUUGUUGUAUCUUUUAUCUUAUCUUAUUUUGCAUGGUAUUUACA